AUGACCCAUCGGUCCCCCAAAUAUCACACACUACGGAAGUCGACAACCAUCUCACGCAGACUUAGGAAUCGCGCCGAUCAAAAUCUUGUUAUUCAGCCUCUGGAAUAUCCACCUUCAAGGGUCAUUCGUACGCGCCGUGCCGCAACGUUGCCCCGCCAUAAUCACCUUAAUUGUCAGACGCCAGAACCUGAGCCAUCGUCUUCAGUCUGGAAACCAGUAGAACUUCCCGAAACGACCUCAGAUACUGCUUUCGCAUACUCGGCCCACAGUGAUACUGUGCAUUCAUACGAUUUCCUUGUGCGCCAGCCAGUCCAACUUCUCGAUAGCGUCUCGCCAAGUUCUACUCCAGAGUCCCAAGCCGGCUCAAAAUUAGCGUCCGCACGCAACUAUCACCUCCAGGAAGUCGAGGAAUCGAGCUUUUAUCCCUCACCCUUACAGUCUGUGACGGGUAGUCACGACUUCGAGCUGCAAUCAUCAGCAGACCGCGAACAGCCGCAUGACCCUUUCACCGAAUUGAAAGACAUGAGCACUCUAGGCUUCAUGAUGGCCCCUUCGCAGUAUGGUAUGAACCACUACGGUUCUGCACCAACCUCUUACUCGCCAAGUUACCCACCUCAGCAUUCCUACGCAGAGCAGCGGUCGUCCGCGCCUGGACCAUACAACUCGUCUUAUGCCUCCAGUCCAUCACUUGCUAAUGAUGUUCAUGCCAGAAGGCAGGAACCACAUACAGUGCUACCGCCAUAUCAAACUCCACAGUCGUUGCCUCGAAGUACGUACCAACAAGGGCAGCCCCCGGAGAGUAUGCGUGGAGGCUCGGCUCCCUUAGCGUCUAACAACCACAACUAUACUUACUCCGCACCUCCAAGCAGCCUUCCCAGCCAACCCCUGGGCAGCAAUGCUUAUCCACCACCACAGUUAUAUCCACCAACUUCCUAUGGCGUUGCCGAUUAUCAUCCCCUUCCAACAAUGUAUCCACCAUCAUCAACAACACCGGCUGCCUACCCUUCAUACGACGCUUCUCCUAGCAUACCACCACCCCAUGGAAAUCCCGUUCCUGCCCUCUCCUCGUCUCCAGGAACACAGAACAGUGCUGUAAUGCCCCGCAUAUUGAAUUCCCGACCAAAGCCAACUUGUUGGGACCAUGGCUGCAAUGGGCGCCAAUUCUCCACAUUCAGCAACCUUCUACGUCAUCAACGAGAGAAAUCCGGAACAGCAUCGAAAAGUUUCUGUCCAAAAUGUGGUGCCGAGUUUACACGUACGACAGCUAGGAACGGACAUAUGGCACACGAUAAGUGCAAAGUCAGACGAGCGUCAGAAUCUGAUAGGUAA